GGAAGUGAGUUUGUGCGCGCGAGUGAGUGUGCGUGUGAGUGUGUAGGGGCGGGCGCGGGCGGUGGGGGGCGGGCUCCCGGGCUCCCCUCCUCCCCAGCCCGCUCCUCUCGCUCCCUCGCCAACUCCGGGCCCCAGCCGCGGGCGGGCGCACGGCGGGCGGACAGCAUGCUGAGCCUCCUCGUCUGGAUCCUCACUCUCUCCGAUACUUUCUCCCAAGGGACCCAGACCCGCUUCAGCCAGGAGCCAGCCGACCAGACUGUGGUGGCCGGACAGCGGGCCGUGCUCCCCUGUGUGCUGCUCAACUACUCGGGCAUCGUGCAAUGGACCAAGGAUGGGCUGGCGCUGGGCAUGGGCCAGGGCCUCAAAGCCUGGCCGCGGUACCGGGUUGUGGGCUCUGCGGACGCCGGGCAGUACAACCUGGAGAUCACGGACGCCGAGCUCUCUGACGACGCCUCUUACGAGUGCCAGGCCACCGAGGCCGCCCUGCGCUCCCGGCGAGCGAAACUCACCGUGCUCAUCCCCCCAGAGGACACCAAGAUUGACGGCGGUCCUGUGAUUCUGCUGCAGGCGGGCACCCCCCACAACCUCACGUGCCGAGCCUUUAACGCCAAGCCCGCCGCCACCAUCAUCUGGUUCCGGGAUGGGACACAGCAGGAGGGCGCUGUCGCCAGCACGGAACUGCUGAAGGAUGGGAAGAGGGAGACAACCAUCAGCCAGCUGCUCAUCAAUCCCACAGACCUGGACAUUGGGCGUGUCUUCACCUGUCGCAGCGUGAACGAGGCCAUCCCCAGUGGCAAGGAGACGUCUAUCGAGCUGGACGUGCACCACCCUCCUACGGUGACCCUGUCCAUUGAGCCACAGACGGUGCAGGAGGGCGAGCGUGUCGUCUUUACGUGUCAGGCCACAGCCAACCCCGAGAUCCUGGGCUACAGGUGGGCCAAGGGGGGCUUCGUGAUCGAAGAUGCUCAUGAGAGUCGCUACGAGACAAAUGUCGAUUAUUCCUUCUUCACGGAGCCUGUGUCCUGUGAGGUUCACAACAAAGUGGGCAGCACCAAUGUCAGCACUUUAGUCGAUGUCCACUUUGCCCCCCGGAUUGUAGUCGACCCCAAACCCACAACCACGGACAUUGGCUCUGAUGUGACCCUCACCUGUGUCUGGGUUGGGAAUCCUCCCCUCACCCUCACCUGGACCAAAAAGGACUCAAACAUGGGGCCCAGGCCUCCUGGCUCCCCACCCGAGGCUGCUCUCUCUGCCCAGGUCCUGAGUAACAGCAACCAGCUGCUGCUGAAGUCCGUGACCCAGGCAGAUGCCGGCACCUACACCUGCCGGGCCAUCGUGCCUCGGAUCGGAGUGGCCGAGCGGGAGGUGCCGCUUUACGUGAAUGGGCCCCCCAUUAUCUCCAGCGAGGCCGUGCAGUACGCUGUCAGAGGGGAUGGCGGCAAGGUGGAGUGUUUCAUUGGGAGCACGCCACCCCCAGACCGCAUUGCAUGGGCCUGGAAGGAAAACUUCCUGGAGGUGGGGACCCUGGAACGCUACACGGUGGAGAGGACCAACUCAGGCAGCGGGGUCCUGUCCACACUCACCAUCAACAACGUCAUGGAGGCCGACUUCCAGACCCACUACAACUGCACUGCCUGGAACAGCUUCGGCCCGGGCACGGCCAUCAUCCAGCUGGAAGAGCGAGAGGUGUUACCUGUGGGCAUCAUCGCCGGGGCCACCAUUGGCGCGGGCAUCCUGCUCAUCUUCUUCUUCAUCACCUUGGUCUUCUUCCUUUACCGGCGCCGCAAAGGCAGUCGCAAGGAUGUGACCUUGAGGAAGCUGGACAUCAAGGUGGAGACAGUGAACCGGGAGCCACUCACCAUGCAUUCUGAUCGGGAGGACGAUACUGCCAGCGUCUCCACGGCGACCCGAGUCAUGAAGGCCAUCUACUCGUCCUUCAAGGAUGACGUGGACCUGAAGCAGGACCUGCGCUGUGACACCAUCGACACCCGGGAGGAGUACGAGAUGAAGGACCCUACCAACGGCUACUACAACGUGCGUGCCCACGAAGACCGCCCGUCUUCCAGGGCAGUGCUCUAUGCCGACUAUCGUGCCCCCGGCCCUGCCCGCUUCGACGGCCGCCCCUCCUCCCGCCUCUCCCACUCCAGCGGCUAUGCCCAGCUCAACACCUACAGCCGGGCCCCCGCCUCUGACUACGGCCCCGAGCCCACACCCCCUGGUCCUGCUGCCCCAGCUGGCACCGACACCACCAGCCAGCUGUCCUACGAGAACUAUGAGAAGUUCAAUUCCCACCCCUUCCCUGGGGCAGCAGGGUACCCCACCUACCGACUGGGCUACCCCCAGGCACCGCCCUCCGGCCUGGAGCGGACCCCAUAUGAGGCCUAUGACCCCAUUGGCAAGUACGCCACAGCCACGCGCUUCUCCUACACCUCCCAGCACUCGGACUACGGCCAGAGGUUCCAGCAGCGCAUGCAGACUCACGUGUAGGGCCAGAGCCUGGCCGGGGCGUCUCUGCGGGGCAGAGGAGAAGGCUCUCACAGCUGUUCCCUGAUAUUCAGGGGCAUCGCUUGUUGUUGCUCCCCGUCCUGGACCGGCCUUCCUCCUCCCACCAUGGCAGACGGGGAGCAGGUCUCCCGGAAACACCCCAUCCCCGAGGAUGGUGCUCUGUGCAUGCCCCAGCCUCCCGGGCCUGCCCUUCCCUCUUCUUCGGGAGGAUGUGUCUCUUCGGACCUGCACUCUCGCCUGGACCCAGCCUGGGGACAGGGAGAGUGGAGGUUGCCUAGAGCAGAGGGGGCACUUGCAGCAUUCCCUUUCUAUCCCACCCCUCUGGUCUCCUGUGAGUGGACAGGGUGGGGUCAUGUGGGGAUGAGCGGACUUUGACCCAGGGGACAUGAAGGAGGAUGGGUGGCUCUGGCACAGAGAGAUGGAAGCGGGGCAGCCUGGCCAGUCCUCCUGUCUUCUGCAUGGGGUGCAUCUCUCCCUCCUCGGGACUGCAGGAGGGGCCUUGGACUGAUUGUAGCCCUGACCCCGAGUUCAGAUCCGGCGCUCAUUCAGCUGGGAUUAAAUGCCAGUCAUCCUGGCGGCCCACUGUGGACACCUGUCUGUCCACCUGCAGAAAGAUCCAGGUACCUCCCAUAGUGCUGUCCCCGUUCCUUCUCUGUGCUGGGCCAGCCAGAUAAGUCAGGGGGUCAUGGUGGAGAAAGAAAGAUCAGGAACCAUGUCCCGAUUCACCAGCAGCACGGCUGUGUGCUACAUAGCAGUUUCCAGAGCCCAGGCUAGAGGGAGCCCACCCAGGCACCCCCCUCCCCAGUCUGCCCCACUUCCUGGCUUUAAUUCUUGAGCCUACCUGGGGAGUGGGGGUGGUGAGGAUGGAGGUGCUAUAGGCUAUUUUUCAAAGACAACAGAAAACAAUCAAAACCUCAUUGUGGGGGGAAAGGAGGAAGAAAUUGUAGGGCAUCCCCUACCCAAAUCUAAGUCCCAGUGGAAAGGAAAGGGGGCACCCCUUCACCAGAUUCCCAGUACCUUCCAUGACUCUUUCAAUCUGUAAGCACUUUGAAUCCAUUUUUAAACAUUCAGGUGGUGAGACCUGUCACCCAAUGGGCUCUGAUAGGACAGGGAGGGGGCCUGGCUGUCCAGCUCCCCUCUCCUACCCUCGGGCCCAACAGCUGGUUCGAGAGGCCACUUUCCAGGGGCAAGGGAGGUGUUCUCUUAGACAGGUUUUAGUUUGUUAAGUGUCUUCUUUUUUUUUUUUUUUUUCUUCAUGGACCAAUCAGAUUCCUUCUUCCACUUUCAGUGCCUUGAGUGUCCAGCUUUGGCCGACCGGCCCUGUGUGGGUGGCUGUACAGGGAGCCGGUACUGUGAGCCCCAAAUCACUGUCAAGUUUGCAAAGUUUAAGGGAUAGAAGGGUGAGGGGGCUUGGAGAGGAAAGGAACCUGGUAAGAGGAAAAGGUGAUGGGGAAAGAUAAUGUGGAAGGGCACUGCAAGCAGGCGCAGCCCCCACACCCACCGUCGUCCCCGCCCCACACACCCCCUCCCGCAUGCGCAUUCCAUAUCCUCAGCAGCCACCUGACCAAAGAGAACCGGCGCUCCAAAGAAAAGUCACUCCCCAGCCCCGGCCUCCCCGCCCCAAAAAACAGGAUUUGCCGUUCCCCAAGCAUGGCGCUGCCGCCGUUGCAAUUCCCAGAAUGCUCUUUGCCCUUUCUCGUGGUCACCAUCCAUUAGUCAUGUUUGCUUUAAUGAGUUACAUGCUCAUCAGCCACGGGUUAUCACCACCUAUGCGGAUGGGUCUGUGGGGUGACGUUCUUCCAUCCCCACUCUGAUAAGGACCAGCUAAUAGCCAGGAAGUAAGUAGCUCCGGUUUCCAGCCUCUCAGGCUGUCUGCGUCCUCGAGCAUUUCAGCAGGGGCAGGUGCCGUGGACUGCCCCUUCUGGAGGCAUCAUACAGGCUCCUGGCCCUCAUCCAUCCCUACCCCUGGAAGCUGACUCCUUGUGGAGUUCUUUUCUGUGAGCUCAGUGACUAGGUCUGUGCAAGAUGCAGGUUCCUGUGCAAAUUCAUGCAUAUUUUGAUUUUCGUAGAAGCCAUGGGUAAUCUAAACCAUUAAAGUCUAAAGAUGUUGGCUUUUUAAACAGGAA